AUGAGCAUAGAACAACUGAAGGCGCGAUUUAAUAAACUAAUUGUUUUUGCUCCAAAAGACAAGCAGAUUGAGGUAGCUAUCAAAAAGGAAAUAUAUGAUGCUGUUAUCAUUGUUACAUUUGCUGCACUUGAGCGCUUACUUCGAUUGGCUUUUAUAGCAGCGAAGCCUAAUUCUGCAGUGAGAGUAAUUGUGCGGUACGAUAAUGAAGCAAAAAUUUUGCAAGAAAUUAAGCUAGCUGGAUUUCUCCAUACCAUGAAAGUUUGUAAUGGCGUAUGGAAAGCAUAUGAUUGCGAAAAGCCAAAUAUCAAUGUGGGUGCCACAGUGCCUCUGAAAUUGCCUCCCUCAAAUAAGAAAUCGAAUGUUUGGAACAUAAAUGUGGUUGAUGAUGAUUUGAUUGAUGAAGACACACUGUUACAGGAAGAAGAUUAUGCCAAACCUAUCACGGCAACGCCAAAAAAAAAUUUCGACUCUUCUAAUGAAGUGAAGAAAAAAAGACCAUGUAAAAACUGCACUUGUGGCUUGGUUGAGAUGAUGGAAUCUGAAAAAGUUACAGCACAAGUAAAAGCUGGCAAGUCAUCAUGUGGGAAUUGUGGUCUUGGUGAUGCGUUUCGCUGUUCAACUUGUCCAUACUGGGGCUUGCCGCCCUUCAAACCUGGAGAGGAAGGCAGGAUCAAACUGAGAACAGUGGAUGACAUUUGA